AUGGCCAAGACUUGGAUGAAGCUAUCACGCGUCACUAGCGAAGCGCUGGCUUUGCAGCCCGUCGGUCACCCGCAUCGAUUCAUGUCAAUAAAUAACCUUGCAGAACGACUCUCCACCCGCUUCGACCACCAAGGCAAUGAUCAAGACUUGGAUAAUGCCAUCGUGCUUCACAGCGAAGCGCUGGCUUUGCACCCCAUCGAUCACCCGGAUCGGUUCAUGUCAUUUAAUAACCUUGCGCGUAUUAUCUACAACCGCUUCCAGUACCGGGGCAAUGACCGAGACUUGGAUGAGGCUACUUCGCUUCAGAGGGAGGCACUGAGGCUGUGCCCGGCCGUCGAGCUUCUCCGCGAAGCGCUGGCUUUGCGCCCCGUCGGUCACCCAGAUCGCUCCGGGCCAUUGAAUAACCUUGGGGGUUUUCUCUCCACCCGCUUCGAUCGGCGAAGCAAUGACCAAGACUUGGAUUAUGCCAUCGUGCUUCACAACGAAGCAUUGGCUUUGCGCCCCGUCGGUCACCCAGAUUGCUCCGGGUCAUUGAAUAACCUUGGGGGGGUUCUCUCCACACGCUUCAAGCGCCGACGCAAUGACCAAGAUUUGGAUUAUGCUAUCGUGCUUCACCGCGAAACAUUGGCUUUGCGCCCCGUCGGUCACCCAGAUCGCUCCAGGUCAUUAUGUCGCGUUGCGGAUUGUCUUGUCACUCGCUUUGAGCACCGAGGCAAUGCCCAAGACCUCAACGAGUCUCUCGAGAAAUACCGCUAUGCAUUAACUCUGUUGAAGCCAGGCAAUCCUUCUCAAUCACAUGUCCAUGUGUCAAUAGCUCGGGUCUAUCUGCUGGUCCAUCAAUCAGGACUCGAUGGCAUUGGCGAGGAUAUCGAUACUCUGAAUGCCGCAAUACGUCACCUCAAGGCAUCAAUAAAUAUUAUCUCUGGAGGUUUGCGAUUUCGCUUGAGAGCAAGUCUACUCUGGGUUCUCCUUGUUGAUCGACAUACACAUGUCACUCAACUGGAAGCGUAUGCAACUUCCAUGCAACUUCUGGACGCUUACAUGUCUGCGACAGCUUCGGUGUCAUCUCGCCAUCAUGCCAUGAAGGACUUCCCACACACACUUGCAGUCGAUGCUGCAUCGUGUGCUCUUCGUCGUGGCGAUGUGUACCGCGCUGUGGAGUUACUGGAACAAGGCAGGACUCUUAUCUGGACCCAGAUGGCGCGAUUCCGCACACCUCUUGACAGCCUCCAGGAACACGGAGAUCACCCACAAGCACUGAUGAAGAAAUUCCGAGACCUCUGUUCCCUCCUCGAUAAACCUCCUGUGAAUGUUUUAGAAGGAAUGCAAAGAGUUGAUGUAGAAGCAGAAACUACCCGGUACAGACGUCUGGUGGAGGACUGGAAUACAACCGUGGGAAAUGUUCGGAAGGUUGAGGGCUUCGGUCGCUUCCUCCUUCCCCCCUUGUUCUCCGAUCUUCAAGAUGCAGCUUCUGAUGGGCCUAUCAUUGCUCUCGUUGCAAGCAGGUUUUCUUGUGAUGCCAUCAUUAUCCCGCACAAACAACCUCCUGCUAGCAUUCAACUCCCCACCAACUUAGAAAACCUCGGGAAAUUGGUGAACGCACUCCGAAAGACGGUUGAAAAGCAGACCGGUCCCAAAGAGACCCAACCGGUGCUGAUAAAAGCUUUGCGGGAGUUAUGGGAUGACGUAGUCAGUCCUGUGGUCGAGAACCUGGGUAGAUUUGCACGACCAGGAUCCCGAAUAUGGUGGUGCCCAACUUUCGUCUUCAAUUUCUUGCCGUUGCAUGCUGCUGGCGAAUACAAGCGUGGUGGAAAGUCCCUUUCGCAGCUAUAUGUUUCUUCAUACACUCUAUCCCUCACCACGCUGAUCAGGGCUCGCAGAAGUCACGACAUAUCCUUGUCCGCGUCUUUUGCUGCUAUCGGCCAGAACCAACCUCCAGGAUAUUUACAUCCUUUGGAAGCUGUCGAGCCUGAGCUAGAAUUGGUGCAGAGUCUUCUACCCUCUUCCCCGACCAUUUCCUUCACCAAAGUCACAAGUGUCGAAUCGACGAGAUUGAGAGUCCUGCGCAUGUUGCAAGGUCAUCACUGGCUCCAUUUUGCUUGUCACGGAACACAAAGUUUCGAGGAACCAUUCAGGUCGGCUUUUCUCAUGCGCGACGAACCGCUUUCACUCCUCGGCAUCACACAAAUGGAUCUUUCUCGGCAUGAAUUCGCAUUUCUUUCCGCCUGCGAGACCGCAGUCGGUGACCCUAAGACUCCUGACGAAGUGGUACACCUAGCAGCUGGCCUACAGUUUGCUGGGGUGAAGAGUGUCAUUGGUACAUCAUGGAAGGUCAAAGAUGCCACUGUGCAGCGCUUGGUUGAUGCAUUCUACAAAAGAUUUUGCGGGGGUGGCACAAUGGAUUCAGGAAGAGCUGCCCGAGCGCUGCACCAAGCGGUCCAGUCGUUAGCUUCUGACACGGACAUGCCCUUGGACCAUCGCAUCGUGUUUGUGCAUAUUGGAGUAUGA